AUGAGUCUUGAACCACUUAGUGAAAAAGAACUUACUAAAAAAUACCCCAAACAAUUAGAGUUAUUAAAAUCCUUAGAAAUAAAUAUCUUAAAAAGUUAUUCAAAUUCUCUUGCAAACGAUAUUACAAUACCAGAGCUAGAGAAUUGUCAUGAAUGUAAUGAAGAAAUUUUUUUAAAUCCGCCUAAAGCAUUUACUAUAUUAGUAUAUGAUCAUACUCUCCAUCACAACUACCUUGAAAAAAGUAACAGAGAUAAGCAAAAAACUUGCCCCAUUUGUUUCGUAAAUAAUGAAGAACCAGUGUCAGCUGAAGUUCAGAACAUAGAUAUGACAGAGGCAGUAGAAGGUGAAAGUGAAGAAACCUCUAAUCUAACAGGAGAGGUAAGUAAAUUAUCUGUAGACAAUAGUAGAGCUAUCCUCCAAAGUAAAAUGAAAUCCAUGGAAUCUGAAAAAAUACAAGAUUUAAUAAAAGAACUGUCUAUGCCUCGUAAACCAAUUGAUGAUAAUAAUAGAGAAAAUAAAACCAGGGAAUCAAAACCAAAAACUUUACUCCAGUUAUAUUAUAAUGCAAGCCGAGCAGAAAAAUGUGUAACCCAAACCUACCAAGAAGAAAUUAGGUGUUGGUACCUGUUUGCUGAAAAAUUUAAAGAAAAGGUUAAAGAAAUUAAAAAUAAUAAUAGUAGAUUUAAUGAUCAACAAGCUAGAGGGUUAGUUUAUGACAAAAUCGCAACGAAUAUUCCAAGAUUCACAAGAGAAAGCCUACGUAAAAAAACAGCAAAAACUAGAAAUAUUUAUAAGUUGUUUGGUGAAAGUUAUGACCCUGAAACCAAAACAGUAGUUAAGGGACUAGGGAUUGAAAAAAUAGAACGAAUUCAAUCAUAUAGUGCGGAUUAUAUUUCAAAACUUAAUGCUACACAAAUUUAUAGUAUUAUAAAGCAUUUUAGCUAG